CAGUUAUUCAAUCCUGGAAUCUCAGCUCGGUGGUUAUUGUCACAGGUGCAGGUGCAGACACAAUUACUGGCCUCCUUUUUGACAUUGUAACCCACUCUCUUUGCAGCCUAAGCCAACAAUCAUGAAACGCAUUGUUCUAGAUAAUGGAAGCCAGUCCUCUGGCGAAGACACUGGUCGACAGCCUGGAACUCUUCCUUCAAGCGCUUCAGGCACUUCAGACAUAUCACACAGCACUAGAGAGCGCCAGCAACAAAGACAUGUCUUGCCUCCAGAGCUAAUCGAGAUUCUCGCCCCUUCUCUUAAAUUUGGAGUUGCAACUGGAACCCUGGGUUUGUUCACGGGCGCUGUUGCUGGUAUUGUUCGGACAUCGACCCCGGUUCUAUUUUCCGUGGCAUCUGGCGCACAAUGGUUUUCCCUCGGGUCUAGCUAUUACGCAUCCAGGAUGGUCAUCGAAAAGGCCUGGGGAGGCCGUGACCAGCUUACAAAUGCAGACAAGACUAAGUCAAGCGCCAUUGCCGGGGGUUUUGCCGGGAUGAUAGGGGGCCUCAUACGUGGACCUAAGAAUGUUGCUCCGGGGAUCUUGGCAUUCACGUUGCUCGGUGCUGGGGGCCAGGCAGUCGCCAAUUCCAUCGCACCGAAUACCUGGGAAACCACCAAGACCAGGUUUCUUUCAUCCAAGUGGAGCCCCGUUACACCCCUUUCUGACCAAGAGUAUGAGGAGUUUUUGGAGGAGAAGCUGCUCAAGGUUGAAGCUGAGAUAGCCCUAUUGGAUGACAACAUCAGAGCACUACAAUCCCAAGGUGCCCUCGGCUCGCCAGAAGGCAGUCGAAAGCAAUAGCAGCAAUCUAGUGAGUCGAUGUUUGUCUCACCAAUGAGACCAUUCUGCUGGGAGGCUUGCUGGUCAAAACACCAUUGACCAUGUUCUUAUAUGUGCAGUACCAUCACGGCGUAUGCAUUUGCUCUGGAGUUCAAGUGGCCCAAUAGCCCAUUAGCUGAAGCUCUUACUCAGUCUCAGCACGUUGUUUUUAUUUAUUUAGGUAUUUAUUUGCAUCUCGGCCGUUUCCCCUGGAUGCUAAGCAAGUCCCUUAAUAUCCCUCUGUCUCUGUCGAUGCCUGGGUGACACUCG